AUGGCGUCGAACGAAAGGUUGAACAAUGAAAUUCAAGUUGGAAUUCUUACGAUCAGUGACACAUAUUAUCAUGACAGUCAAGGAGGAAAUCAAGGAAAGGGCAAGCACCUCAGAAAAAUCAUCGAGGGCGACAAAAUAUUCCAUGGUCGUGUAGCUUACGAAGAAUUGGUACCCGAUGACCGAAAGAUGAUUACGGACACGUUAAAAAAUUGGUGCGAUGUGAGAAAAUUAGAGCUGGUUUUAACGUCCGGAGGCACUGGUUUUACUGAGAGGGACGUAACUCCUGAGGCUACAAAAGAUAUCAUGGAAAAAGAAGCUCCUGGAAUGGCUAUUGCAAUGAUAAAUGGUUCCCUGUUAAUUACACCAUUAGCCAUGUUGUCAAGAUUAGUUUGCGGAAUAAGAGGUUCAACUUUAAUCAUCAAUUUGCCAGGAAGCCCAAAAGGUUCAGAAGAAUGUUUACGAAUCGUGUCACCGAGUAUUCCACAUGCGAUUGAUCUGCUCCGUGGUUGUAGGCCUCAAGUUUCGAAAGUGCACAGAGAAUUGCAAGAA